CAACGCGCAAACAAAUGGCGGCGGCCGGACCUGAGUGGGGACGGGACCGAUAGCGGAGUCCCCUCCUCCCCCUCCCUCCUUAUCACAGCUCAUGGCGGGCGGCGAGGAGAACGGCGGAGAGGGCAGCCUCGGGGAGCGGCUCCCUCCUUCUCAUGAGCCGCCGCAGCCCCUCGCACAGGGGCUCCCCGAGGAGCAGCCCCAGCUCGGCCCGCCUCACCGCAAGGACGAGCAGGAGCAGGACGGCGAAGAGGAAGAGGAGUCAGAGCGCUCAGAGGGUCGGUUGGAGGGAGUGUUGGACGAAGACACCGCCGCUGAGGGACUCCACACCUUGGGCUACUCGGCCCCUGGGACUGAAUAUGUUUAUCUUCAUCUGACGCUUCCAGGUCGUGAGUUGAGUGACAUCAGCAUUCUCUCUGGAUACAUUCACCUACAGAAAAUGGAGCUUUCCUCCAAUAAAAUUAAUGAUCUUUCCUGUAUCAGUCACAUGCCUUACUUAAUGGAGCUGAAUGCUUCCAAGAAUGAACUGACCACAUAUUUCAAUUUUAAACCACCUAAAAACCUCAGGGAAGUAGAUUUUUCACACAAUCGAAUCCCAAAAAUGCAAGAUUUAGCAGCAUACCACUCACUCACUAAACUGCUGCUGGAUUAUAAUGAGAUUGAGGAGAUCCGAGGGCUGGAGAAGUGUCACAGCCUGACCCAGCUGGGUUUGUCCCACAACAGACUCACUGCCAUCAGGGGCCUGGAGAAUUUGCCUAUCAGAAUCCUCAAUCUGAGCUUUAACCAGAUUGAGAAGGUGACUGGGCUGAAGAGCUUGAAAACCCUGCAGAAGGUAGAUCUGUCCUGCAAUAAAAUAAACAGUCUGCAAGGCUUGGAGGAACAUGAUCUCCUAGAGGUGAUCAACCUGGAGGAUAACCAGGUGGCUGAGCUGAGUGAGCUUAAAUGGAUUGGAGAUCUGCCUCUCCUCAGAGUUUUAAAUCUUCUAAAAAACCCUCUACAGGAACAAGGAGAGUAUUGGCUCUUGGCGAUUUUCACGUUGCUCCAAAUCACAGAGCUGGAUCUUAAGAAGGUUUCAGUGGAAGAAAAGGUCGCUGCCGUGAACAGAUGGGACCCUCCUCCAGAAGUUGUGGCUGCUGAAGAUCACAGGAUUCAUGUUUUGUCCAACAUUCUGCAGCCCCAGAGAGUCCUGGACAGCACUUUGCCUGCUGAUGAUGAUCCCUACCCCAUGCUGGUGUUGCUGGGCCCUCUGGUCUGUGGGAAGAGGGAACUUUCUCUCAAGAUCUGCAGACAAUUCAAGAAUUUCUUCAGAUUUGGGCCCUGCCACACCACCAGGACAGCUUACUUUGGGGAAGAAAACAGACUUGAUUAUUAUUUCAUUUCUCAAGAAGAAUUUGACAAAAUGGUGAAAGGAGGAAAGUUCCUGGCAACCUACAAAUACAGUGGCCACUGCUAUGGACUGGGAAGAGACACCGUGGAAUCCAUUGCCAGGGAGGGGCUGGCUACCUGCAUCCACUUGGAAAUAGAGGGUGUUCGUAGCUUGAAAAAAACCUACUUUAAACCCAAGUACAUCCUGUUGGUACCAAAGGACAAAGGAAAAUAUGAGCAACAUCUGAGGAGGACAGGAUUGUUCAGCAGGCCAGAGAUUGAAGAGGCAGUGUCCAGAGUGGACAUGUACCUCCAGAUAAACCAGGAUCUCCCUGGAUACUUCGAUGCAGUCAUCAACACGGAUGAGCUGGAUGAGGCAUUCGCAGAGCUGAGCCUCCUUGUGGAGGUCAACCUGGGCUUGAAGCCACCUGGGAUUUUUGACAGCACUCAGGACAUCAACAGCAGGGCAGGUUCCAGAACUAAGCUCUUCCCAGAGCAAAAGUUGUCCCCUGGCAGAAGAAUUCCUGCACCCACUUGGUCUCCAUCAGUCGGUGACUUCUUGGAGCCUUCUGCCAAACGCUAUCCCAGAGACCUCCUGGACGUGCUGAAUGCACCCCCAGGCUCCAUGGAAGAAGCCUCUCUCCAAAGACGUUGUUCUGCAGCACGUCAGGCUCUUUUCCACAGGGAUUUGGAUGCUGAAUCCAAGAGUUCCCAUCAGCAGCUCCUGAAACCAAGGCCACCUCUGUCCUCAGAUGCCAGGAACCAGAACUUUCACCUGACUAUGCCAGAGACCAGGGAAUUUGGGACUUACAAGGGCCACCUUUUUGUCCCAGCUGAUGCAGUUCUUACUGAAAGUCUGUGGACUCAGGUUCCCCUUUCUCCAAUUCACCUCCCCAGAGACGCCAAAGCUGAGCACCAGGAGCCAGGAGGAGCUGGAAAAGGAGUGGACACAUCGAAAGGCGCUGAAGCACCUGGUGAGAACCUCCAGAGGAAAUCCAGCAAGGCCAAGUUGGGUUCUUCUGCUGAGCCUCAGCUCCAAACCCAGCCAGGCUCCCACUCCAAAGCUGUCCUGCCUCCGAUCCCAGCUGGACGGAAAAGCACCAACUCCUGAUGGUCACUUGUAUCCCGAUUUUUGUCAUGCUGACUCUUUCUCACCCUGCUUUUCAUCUCUUUCUCUUCAACAAAGCAAAAUCUAUCAAAUAUUAUUGCUGAAUCCAUUUCUGAUUAACUCUCCAAAAGGACCAAAAAAGAAAAAAAAAAAAGUUAUUUAUUUAUAACUUUAUUAAAAAGGAAUUUCUCUAUUUCCCAAAGGCAGAAGUUAUUUCCCUGGGCACUCUCAGCUGGGAAAUGGUGGAGAUUUUUUUCCUGCCAACCACAGGAUUGUAUCUUCCAUUAAUUUCUCACUUCCUUCCCCUCCUAUAUUAUGGAUUUAAUUGAGGUGUGGAAGCACCAGGGCUUCUGAUAAUAUUGUCUGUGUUGUGGGACUGGUGAAUUAUUUAGAAAAGGGAUUUUGUGAAAUGUUCAGAGGGAAAUUGGGAGUGAAAACCAGCUCAGAGUUGGGGGUGGUUUUUUUGAAAUAAAAUGUGGCUGAGUCACAAUUAUUUGAUUUGAAAGUGGAUUUAAACAACCUAGCGAGGAGUCAUCAGCAAAAAUGAGAAUAAUUAUUGAGAACCAGCUGAAGGGGUAAGAAGUGAGUGAAGAUUUGGGUUUUGACAAGACAAUAAAACUCUCAAAUUAA